UUUCAAAUGCACCACCUUAGGUGCUGCUCCACUGCAUCCUAUUGGCUCUAAGUGCCACGCUCAUUGGCUGUGCAGUUCGGAGGCGGAUCCCAUAGCUGGGUAUUUCCGCUGCAGGCCGGUCUGAGCGGCCCGCCUCUUCCGCUGCCGCCCCAGGAUCCUGGCCUCGGUCCUAGUCCCCUGCUCCUAUCGUCCUUACCCUGCUUCUGAGUGUCCGCUAAGCGCACGCAUUCACGAUCCACAAGGACCCGCGAGCUCCACCGCCGCCGUGAUGAACAUCCGCAAUGCUAGGCCCGAGGACCUGAUGAACAUGCAGCACUGCAACCUUCUCUGCCUGCCUGAGAACUACCAGAUGAAGUACUAUUUCUAUCAUGGCCUCUCUUGGCCCCAGCUUUCUUACAUCGCUGAGGAUGAGAAUGGGAAGAUUGUGGGGUAUGUCUUGGCUAAAAUGGAAGAGGACCCAGACGAUGUGCCCCAUGGACAUAUUACCUCACUGGCUGUGAAGCGUUCCCACAGGCGCCUUGGCCUGGCUCAGAAGCUGAUGGACCAGGCCUCUCGAGCUAUGAUAGAGAACUUCAAUGCCAAAUAUGUCUCUCUGCAUGUCAGGAAGAGUAACCGGGCCGCCCUGCAUCUCUAUUCCAACACCCUCAACUUUCAGAUCAGCGAAGUGGAGCCCAAAUACUAUGCAGAUGGGGAAGAUGCAUAUGCAAUGAAGCGGGACCUCACGCAGAUGGCUGAUGAGCCAGCCCCAGGGCCUGGCUCCUCUUGUCUUCUGUCUGGAGACUUAGGCCCUGUCUCUUUCCAUCCGAUUCCCUCUGGGCUCCUGGCGGCAGCUGAGGCGGCACCUGGAGCUGAAGGAAAAGGGCAAGCACAUGGUGCUGGCAGCCAUGGAGAACAAGGCGGAGAACAAAGCGGAGAACAAAGGCAACGUGCUUCUGAGCUCAGGAGAGGCCUGUCGUGAGGAGAAAGGCCUGGCUGCUGAGGAUAGUGGUGGGGACAGCAAGGACCUCAGUGAGGUCAGUGAGACCACAGAGAGCACGGACAUCAAAGACAGCUCAGAGGCCUCUGACUCUGCCUCCUAGAACCUGCCCCACCUGGUCCCAGCCUCGCCCAAUGUGCUUUUACAAUAAAUGUCACCCAGUGGCCUUGGGAAAUUUGUGAAUGUA